AUCUUAACGUUUUAAGUGAACUAUUCAAUUGUGACGCGGUCAUAAUAAAUCUCAUUUGAAAGGACUAUACUUAAAUCGUGUUUGUUGCUAACAUAGCAGAUUGAAUGAUGCUACAUUUUAUAUAUCUACGAAAAUUGUAUGUAAUGAAAAGUUCCAUUGAACAUUUACAAAUGUUACAUUAUAUCGAUAUGUUAUGCUGAUCGGCGGUGAAUCCUUUUUAGUAAACAGGAAUGUACAAAAUAGAAGUGCUAAAUAACGAUAUCCUCAUGUUUAAAUAUUUUUUUAAUCUUUUCUAAAAGAUUUCUUAACACAAACAUACUAACUACACACCCCCAAUUAUUGUCAACAAAAUUAUUAGGAAUGAUGUUUAAAUCACUAUUAACUGCACUUUGUGUACAGUUGAGUUUGGGAUCAUAUUAUAUUCAUGGUGAAGUAAAAAGCGAUUUCAAAGGUGAAGGUAAUGAUUUAGUACAUCAUACAAAUUGGAUGCGUCAUGAAAUUAUGGACAAUAAUGGAUUAUAUUGGCUCCAAUGGUGGGUAAUAGCAAAAGAUAAUGAUGUAUAUUUUGAAGUAACUGUUAAUACCCGGGGGUAUAUCGGGCUCGGAUUUUCUAAAGAUGGUCGUAUGCCUAAUUCAGACAUGGUCCUUGUAUGGGUCGAUGAUAGCACGGGGCAACCCAACGCAUUGGAUUGUCAUGGCGCGCAGAAUUUGACGAACAGGGUCCCACUAUUAGAUGAUACACAAAACUAUUAUGUCCUUGAUGGCUUUCAAAAUGCUACACAUACAAAUGUAAAGUUUAAACGUAAAAUAGAAACUUGUGACCCAUAUGAUAUUCCAUUUUCGACUGAUACCUUAAAAAUCCUUUGGUCCUUUGGGGAUAUGGAUCCCAAUUAUGAAAGCUUAAAAGGGCAUGGAAAAAAUCGAGGCGUCAAAUCACUGCAUUUACUUUCUCCAAAGUUUACCCAAAAUAGUCGAGAUCCAUAUACAAGAAAAAUUAAGAACUCUGAGAUAAGCAUAUGGGAUAUAACUGUUAAUAAUAUAACCGUCGAACCAACAAUGGACACUUUAUAUUGGUGUAAAAUAGUGCGACUUCCCGAGUUUUCUAAUAAACAACAUAUUAUUGGUUAUGAGGCACUGUUAUCUCAUUUCGGUCACCUAAAUUCGAAUAUUGUCCAUCAAAUGACCCUUUUUGAAUGCCAGACAAAAUCCUAUCCUGGAUCUGAUCCAUUAUCGUGGGACUUGUGGGUUAGAAGUUCUGGCACAGUAUGCAACAGUAAUCUGCUGACCCCAAGAGAUUGGGAUUCUUGUUCAACACCAGUUGCAGUUUGGUCGCCGGGGUCUCAGGGACAGUUUUUACCAUCUCAUGCCGGUAUUCCUAUUGGGGGUGUGUCAGGAGUAAAAUAUUAUAUGCUUGAAAUUCACUAUGAUAACUCGAAUAAAAAAAAGAUUGUGGAUCAUUCAGGAUUUCGAAUACACUACACACACAAAUUGCGUACCUAUGACGCGGGCAUCAUAGUAAGUGGAGUUUCUAUAUCGGAUACCCAGUUAAUUCCACCUGGCCAAAACAUGUAUCGAAAUGUCGGGAUUUGUGGUCCUUCUUGUUCAAGUGUGAUGUUUCCGGAAAAAGGAAUUAAAAUUAUUUCUGGAUCGUUUCACUCACAUCAAGCCGGACGAAAAAUGAGUCUACGACAUAUUCGGUCUGGCAAAGAAUUAAAACGGAUCAUUGAAGAUUAUAAUUAUGAUUACAGUCAUCAACAUGUUCAUCAGCUUGCUAAUGAAACAGUCGUAUUGCCGGGAGAUUAUCUUAUAACAGACUGUGCUUAUGAAACCAAACAAAGAAAACUACCCACAUUUGGGGGCUAUUCAACAAAGCAAGAAAUGUGCCUAACCUUUAUUACAUAUUAUCCUAAAAUUGAGUUGUCUGGAUGUUACAGCAUGACGCCCGUACGCGAGUUUUUUGAGAUGUUUGGCGUUUACCAAUUUUAUGCAAUGAAUAUGACAGAUGUGGAAAACUUAUUUCUUUAUAAUGGCAACGAUUAUAUAAAAAAUUAUAUUUCCACAGAGACGAAAAAAAAAAAUGGCAAGCUGUCAAAAGACGAGGAUAUUUUUUACGAUGAAUCUUUAUUAAACAAACUGAUAAUUUCUGAUCCAGCUGAAUUUCAUGAUCGCACGUUUUUGUCCCAUUUGCAUCAAUUGCCUUGGGAUGAACCGCUCUUUACAAAACGUGUGGAACAAGAAUUUAUAACUGGUAAACACAUGACAUUUUGUCGUGUUUCGAACGAUUCGAUAUCAAUACCAUCGGAAAUUAUUCGGUUCCCUGAGUUUACUGCAUAUGUAAAACCUGCUAGGACCUGUUUAAACUAUAUAUUAAAUGAUAAUGAAGAUCUUCGUUCUAAAGGUUCCCGACAUGUAGCUGAAUUAACUUCAAGUCUCUUUAUAUUAUAUAAUUAAGUUAAAAAGCACAAUACUUUAGUACACUAAUUUAAGGUGAAGUAAGUCAAGUGAUCUUAAUGGAAGUAUUUUUGUUUUACUAAAAUAAACAUGAACAUAUUAACUUA